UGAAGAGAGCUGAGCGAGGUUCAAUGGGGAAGCACCGGAAUAAAAAAGAGAAAAGGAGGAAAUUUUGAGGGGUGAGCACUGGGAAACGAAAAUCCCGAGUCAGAAAGCAAUAAUAAAAAGGGCCAGGCCCUCGUAAAUUACUUAAGUGUGAUUCAAGAAAGGAGGCCGUACUGAUACGCUAUCCUGCUCUUAAAGAUACAACAAGAUUUGGUUUUUUCUGCGUCUUGUGCUCCUCUGAUUCUGUACUUUCUCAGCUUCUUCUUUCUUCUCGAACAUGAUUCCGUGAUCUCACCACCUCAUACCCGUUGUUUGCAUCUCUGUUUUGUGUGUGUGUGUGUGUGUGUGUGUGUGAGAGAGAGAGAGAGAGAGUGUGACACUGUAGCGUGAAAGAAGCAUGCAGAGCUUCAAAGCAGCUCCAACGAACCCCGACAUAUAUUGCCAAGCUUCCUUCUUUCUCAGAGGUAACGAUGUGAUGAGCAGGAACCAGACCCGGUUCGCGGAUCUCGGCGAGCUCGAACAGUCCGUUGCUGCAUUUCAUCACGAAGAUGCUGUUGAUUUAAGCCCAAGCUCUGCCUUCAGCCUUAAACCCAACAACGGCAUCGCUUUUGCUGCAAACAAUCUGAGCUAUGGAGGCUUGAACACGUGCAUGAGCUCUUCGGGAGUAUUGACAGUGUCUUCAGGCGGAGGAGGGGGAGGAGGAGGAGGAGGGUGUGUGGAAAUGGGGGAGAUUUAUGAGAAAGGAGCAGGAAAUGGUGGGUCACUGGGGAAUGUGCAGGGUAUUGAGAACUGGGCUGACUCAGGCAUGGCCGCUCCAGACAACAGCCAACAGACUGAUACAUCCACAGAUGUUGACACUGAUGACAAAGGCCAUUUUUAUAGGGUUCAGCGAGGAGCUCUCGUGGCUGUUGACUCUGUGGAUCAACCUAAAAUGAGAACGAGUGAUGUUAAGACUCUUCGCAGACUGGCCCAAAAUAGAGAAGCUGCGAGAAAGAGUCGACUUAGAAAGAAGGCAUAUGUUCAGCAAUUGGAAAAUAGCAGGUUCAGGCUUAUGCAACUGGAACAGGAGCUUCAACGAACACGCCAGCAGGGUAUGCUUGUUGCUUCUGGAAUUCCCGGGGAUCUCAGUCAUAACAUGGCUGCCCCUGGCAAUGGGGCCAUGGCCUUUGACACUGACUAUGCUCGGUGGAUCGAUGAGCAUCAACGGCUGAUCAAUGACCUAAGAUCCGGAGUGAACUCCCAAUUGAAUGACAAUGAACUCCGGAUGCUCGUGGAUGCUGUGAUGGUUCACUAUGAUGAGAUAUUUAGACUGAAGAACAUAGGUGCGAAGGCCGAUGUGUUCCACAUACUCUCUGGCAUGUGGAAGACACCCACUGAGAGGUGUUUCAUGUGGUUGGGUGGUUUCCGUUCAUCUGAACUUCUCAAGAUACUCGGGAACCACCUUGAGCCUUUCACGGAUCAACAGUUGAUGGGCAUAUGUAAUCUGCAGCAAUCGUCGCAACAGGCCGAAGAUGCUCUAUCUCAGGGAAUGGAAGCUCUUCAGCAAUCGCUUGUGGACACACUUUCUUUGACCACACUGAGUUCUACUGCUUCGGGAAAUGUUGCAGAAUACAUGGGCCAAAUGGCUAUUGCGAUGGGCAAAUUGGCCACUCUUGAAAACUUCGUUCACCAGGCUGACCUCUUGAGACAGCAAACGCUCCAACAGAUGCAUAGGAUAUUAACCACCCGUCAAGCAGCCCGUGCUCUUCUCGUCAUCAAUGACUACAUCUCCCGCCUCCGAGCUCUAAGUUCGUUAUGGUUAGCUCGUCCUAGGACUGAAAACCUCUGUUCUGCUAAACUCUUCUGAUUGUAAUUAAUAGUUUUGGUUGAAAUCAACGUUUCCACUGGGGAUCCCCUUAUGACCACUGACCGCAACUAUAGUGAUUCGGCCGCCUUUUUAUGAAAGUUUUAUCAGUCGAAAAGACGUUUCCACG